AUUUCUAUAUUGUAGGCUCAGCUCUAAAAGUUACCAUGAGUUACUUGCGUUCCAUAGAAAUCUCACGCGUCGAAAUGUCGCCGGCUGAUGAUAAUUCGUUUGCCACAACAAGUGGCAACAAAAAGGCAACCUACACCAUUAUUUCUAUUAAAAUAGUCGAACUGUGUCUGCUGAUUUGUUGCCUGGGACUUAUCGAUGAUCCUGCUACCAAUUCGCACCUGCGCGUGUUCAUCUCGCCGCGGGUUAUGGCACUCAGCUAUGUUACCUUUGGCGCUCUGAUCAUCUACACUGCCAUCUAUUUGAUCAUGGCGCUCUUUGGCGAUCUCACUCCCUGGCGCACUGCCACGCUCUGGGCGCUCAUUGGCUUCAUUUUGUUUGUGGCUGUGUGCGCUUUGCUGUUCCGCGAUUGGAGCUCCACCAAGGAUCGCAACUACUGGCAUCCGAAUAUGCAUCGAUUGGAUUUGGUUAUGGCCACUGCUGCCAUUUCCUUGGUUACUGCCUUGAUCUAUCUGCUGGAUGUGCUACUCACCAUUCGCUUUGGCGUGCACGGCGAUCUGGAAUGACAUGGACGCGGCCUGUUCCAGUUGCUGGCCUAGACGACUGUAAUAUUUACAGUUUGUAGUCAUAAGCACCACCCCACCCACCAGCACCACCCACUGCUAAUUGUAACAAAUUGUUCAGCAAGCACACACACACACAUCGAUAUCGAUACACAUCAAAUCCAGAUCAUAAUUGCCAUCAUUGAAUUGAACCAUGUACAAAAAUCAAAUGUUAUAGAUGCUCGCUCAUCUACUACAUAUGGAAAAAGUCGCUUACAGUCCUUGUUUUGUUAGGCUAAGCAUAAAUAUUAUGUGAGACACGUAUGUUUUUUUAUAAACUAAUCCAACUAAACAUAAGUUUUUACACUGAACAUUUUUUGUAACGCAAAACGAAAUCAAAAUAAAUUUUUAUCCAAGUUAAAAGUGAGAAUAUGGCAACACGAUUUGGCGACAAGUCUGUGUUACAGUAAGUUAAGGCUAGCCUUUAAUGUAACUGUAAACAUAUGUAGUAGUAGGUACUCGCUUGCUUAUUUAAUAGCAAUUGUAAAGUAUUUCUUAAUGUCCUCAUCGUUCUCAAUCAUUUUGAGACUGUGA